AUGUUUCUUGAGCAUAAAAAGGUGGCGCCGUCAACCAUCCUUACCCCGCCCGAUCCUCAAUGCCCGUCUGCUCAAGAAGCUGCGCGUCUCUCGCCCUCGUCGCAAUCCAGAUUCACGACGAUCAGGCUCGAGGCGCUGUGGAAACGCUGUCCGAAUGGCAAGCCGGACAAAAAAGACACAGAACGACUGCGCAUCCUAGUCUACAUCAACUAUCUGAUCACCUUCCGGCGUCCACACAAGCUCGCCGCCGAUAGCCUUGCCCACAGGCUUGGUCUCGACAAGGACUCGCCGGCCAUCGUCGACGGCAUCCUCUCCCGAUCCACAGAAACCAUCAACCAGACCGACGGUUUGAUCCACGACGACUUGAUGACUCGGGUGACAGAGCUGCCGGAAGACCUACAAGAACCCGCAUCAAGUAUCAACGACAUCUUCCUGAAUGUGGGGUGCAAGAUGUCCAAGCUUACGCUGGCUGAGUUCGAGGCCCUGGGCCAGGGCCCGAUAAGCAUGGAUCCAAAGUAA